GCCUAUCAUCCGUGUCCCUGAAUUCGCCCGCCAUGGCCGGGCUCGUCACCGCCAAUCUCCUGACAGCCGCCCCGGCGGCGCCCAGCGCCUUUGCCGCGCGCUCGACUCGCCGCGCCGCCCGCACCGCCGUGCGGGUGCAGGCCGCAGGGGCCAAGAUGCUGGAGGCCCCCAACUACAUCGACACCGUCCCCGACUCGCUGCUGCGCCCAGGCAUCGACGACCCCGACAGCAUGCGCGGCAAGUUUGAGCGCAUGAUCCGGGGCGUGCAGGACCAGGUGUGCGCGGCCAUCGAGGAGGCCGACGGCGGCGGUACCUUCCGCCUGGACGCCUGGACGCGCCCCAGCGGCGGCGGCGGCAUCACGCGCGUCAUGCAGGAGGGCAACGUGUGGGAGAAGGCGGGGGUGGCGGUGAGCGUGGUGUACGGCAGCAUGCCCGCGGAGAGCUACCGCGUGGCGGUGGGCAAGGACAUCCCGUUUGAGAAGGACGACCGCGUGCCCUUCUUUGCCGCCGGCGUCUCCUCGGUCAUGCACCCCUGGAACCCGCACUGCCCCACCAUGCACUUCAACUACCGCUACUUUGAGACCGAGGAGUGGAAGGGCGUGCCCGGCCAGUGGUGGUUUGGCGGCGGCACCGACAUCACCCCCUGCUACGUGAACGAGGAGGACAUGCGGCACUUCCACGGAACAUACAAGGCGCGGCCGCCUGCUGGCUCUGCCGCCGCAAGUCGUUGCCGCUGGCUCUGGUACGACAAGAUGAAGCUGGCCUGCGACGACUACUUCCUCAUCCCGCACCGCGGCGAGACGCGCGGCAUGGGCGGCAUCUUCUUCGACGACCUCAACGACCGUGACAAGGACGCCAUCUUUGCCUUAUGCUCUGACUGUGCGGCCCACAUUGCCGAGAGCUACGUUCCCAUCAUCAACAAGCACAAGCGCGACCCCUACUCGCCGCGGCAGAAGGAGUGGCAGCAGCUGCGGCGCGGGCGGUAUGUGGAGUUCAACCUGGUGUAUGACCGCGGCACCAUCUUUGGCCUCAAGACGGGCGGCCGCAUCGAGUCCAUCCUCAUGUCCCUGCCCCUCACAGCCGGCUGGCGGUACGACUACCAGGUGGACCCGCAGGGCCCCGAGGCCAAGUUCCUCCACUGCGUGCGCAACGCCCGC